AAGCGAAGGAAACGAUAAAAGCAAAACCCGUAAAAAUCUGAAAACGUGCCUCUGGAUCCCAUCUAUUCUAGCAAAUUUCUCAAAUUUGCAAACCAUUCAAUAGUUAACUACAAUGACUGAUUCAAGAUCCAAAAACAACAUUUCCAAAUACACGAUUUAUGCAUCUGCUGCGUGCAAUCCCACUCCACAUUGUGCAGAUUGGGGUGACAACGGUUUGAUCUUAUUCGGCGCACACCAUUCCGUUGCGGUACUGGAUCCGAAUUUCAAUGGCUCAGCAAAACAUGUAGGCAGUUAUAUAGGCCAUGAAGCCCGCGUAAAUACAGUUCAUUGGUUGCGCGUGUCACCAUCUGAACCUGAAUCUUACUUCAUUUCUGGGGCAGAUGAUUGUAAUGCAUAUGUAUGGCAAUUCGAUAAACAGUGUAGGGGCAUACGUUUUCAAGCACUUAAGCACAUUGGUCCAGUAACAGAUAUCACCAGCCUCUAUUUGAGUGAUAAUAAGUGGUUAAUAGCGACGGCAGUUGAGCAGUCAGUCACUUUGUGGACGUUCAAUACACUCGCUGUAGAAUUAGCACAAACCAUAAACAAUUUAAAUAGCUACGUUCUUGGUCUUAGCCUAUUCCGUUUGCCAAAGAGUGAACAAUUACUGUUGGCAUUUGGAAAUGAGAAGGGCAACAUUCUUAUUUGGGCGCAGAAUGCACAAAAUGAAGAGAAUAGCACCGAUACAGACCCGUUUCGUAUGGUACACCAAAUGACAGGCCACGAAGACUGGGUACGGGCGCUGGACGUUGUUGAGGAUGCAGAUGAUAUUUUAAUGGCAAGUGCAGCGCAGGACAAUUUUAUACGCAUAUGGCGCAUAUCGAAACGAACGGAGGAGCAAACGCGCGAAAACAGUGUGGAUAUUUGCAACAUUAUAGAAGAAGAUGCUGCUGAAAUACGUGUGGAAGAGAAAAUUCUGCAUUUAAGUUCUAGCAAUUGGUGUGCUAUUAGCUUGGAGUCAGUGCUGUACGGUCACGAAGGCUGGGUAUAUGGUGUUAACUGGCAUAAAUCAGAGAAAGAUGGUAUACGUUUACUUUCCGUUUCCAUUGACAAAUCUAUAAUUAUUUGGGCACCUAGCGAAGAUGGUAUAUGGAUGGAAAAAGUUCGAGUGGGUGAGGUGGGAGGUAAUUCACUGGGAUUUUAUGGCGGUAAAUUCUCCCGCAGUGGCAAAUCCAUAUUUGGACAUAGCUAUCAGGGUGGCUUUCAUAUAUGGCAUCAAUCAACUGAUAGCGAACAUUUUUGGACACCCGGCAUUAUAGUGGGUGGCCACUUUGAUGAAGUACGCGAUUUGGCUUGGGCACCAAGUGGUGAGUUCUUAUUGACAGUUUCGGCGGACCAAACUACUCGCAUACAUUCGCCAUGGCGACGUGGUAAAGAAGAGAAGGAUGAAGACAUAUCUUGGCACGAAUUGGCACGCCCACAAGUGCACGGCUAUGAUAUGCAAACAGUUGCGAUACUCUCGCGGUACAAGUUCGCUAGUGGAGCAGAAGAAAAGAUAGUACGUACAUUCCAAGCGUCCACUAAUUUCAUAGAAAACUUUAGACGCAUUACGGGAGCACAAAGUGAUGCGGAGGGCGAUGCUUUGCUGGAAACUCUGCCAAAAGGCGCUUCCGUGCCUUCACUUGGCCUAUCGAAUAAAGCAGUGUAUGGUUCUGACAUUGAUCCUGUGCCGCACGAAAAGCAUAUUAAAGAUGAAUAUCCUGAAAAUUAUUUCGUACCAGUUACACUGGACGCACCACCUCAAGAGGAGACACUUAUGCAGAAUACGCUUUGGCCGGAAAUGCAAAAACUUUACGGCCACGGCUUCGAAAUAUAUGCACUAGCAGCUUCGCCAGAUGGAAAGGUAUUGGCUUCUGCCUGCCGCGCUACAAAUGAAGAACACGCGCAAAUAAUACUUUGGGACACUGCAACGUGGAAGCAAAUUCAAAAACUGGCUGCACAUAAACUUACCGUGACGCAGAUGCGCUUCUCACCUAAGGGUCAACUGUUGCUAUCAGUUUCACGCGACCGCACUUGGGCGCUAUUCGAACGCGAUGAAGAAUUGACAACUGCAAACAAUCAUCCACAUUAUCGCUUGAAACAACGCUCCGCAGCCAAAAUGUCUGUGCAUACUCGUAUUAUUUGGACAUGUGAUUGGUCACAUGAUAGCAAAUACUUUGCGACUGGUGGGCGAGAUGCAAUACUGGGUGUGUGGGCACAAGCUAAUGGUGCAGCGGAUGAAUGGUCCGUGAAUCUUAAGCAAACACACAUAAAUCCCAUUACUGCUGUUGCUUUUGGUUCAAGGACUGUCACAGCUGGAGUUUAUCAGCUUGCGGUAGGCUUUUCAAAUGGUGAUAUUUUGCUGCAACAACUAAAUGAAACAAACACCGAAAAGAAUGGCAAACAAUUACAACUCAUAGAUACGACUAAACUUACACUGGAGAAAGCGCAUGACUCUGCAGUGAAACGUUUACAGUUCCAGCCAGUCGGCAAUAUUGGCAGCAGUACUACUGAAUCUUUUCUGCUUGCGAGUUGUGGCGAAGAUCAUUUCGUGAGAAUAUUUAAAUGCCCAAUAUAAAUUUAUGUUAAAAAUUAUGUCAUAUCAUUUAAUAUAAAUUAUGUUUAUAUGUGUACUUGUAAUACAUUAAUUGCAAUUUUUCAUAAUUAAAUGGCUUUUUUUAUUGCUAAAUUCAGUCCAGUUUAUCAUUUUUAAGU